AGAGAGAGAGAGAGAGAGAGAGAGAGGGAUUGACAAGGGAACAAAGAGAGGUAGGAGAAGAAGAGAAGAAGAAGAGAGAGCAACUAGUUUUCUCUCUCUCUCUCUUUCUAUUCAAACACUCGAAAGAGUCUUUCCACACACACACACACAUUGUACUAUUCUUCUUCUUCUUCUCUCUCUCUCUCUCUCUCUUAUUGACACUCUCCAAUCAACAGAGAGAGAGUUGAUUUUAUUCAUUUCUUCUUUCUUUCUCACACACACACACACACAUACAUACAUACAUAUAUACGGAUUCUUUCUUUACUCCCUCCCUUACUCCCUCCCUCGCAUGGACGCACGCUCUCUUUUGUAUAUUAUCGUCUCUCGUGAGGGUCAUUUACUCUCAGUAUCAGACGGUUUCUCUUUUUCAAUUGAUUGGGAAUACACGGGGGAAGAAUUGGAGCAUCUCUCUACUUUGGAUUUGCCUCUCUGCGUAUUCAAGACAUUGGGGAAUAGAAACUGUUACUUUUUGCAAAAGGUCUCUAGAGUAUCUCUUGCACAACAGACGUCUGGUUACUGUAUUCAGUAUCAGGACGUGACGGAUCUCGUUUCCCAAAUGAAUCUUUCUCUCGUCGGCAAUGUCGACAAUGCCAUCAAGGACAUUGGAGAGAGUGUGGACAAGAGCCUGGUUAAUGACAUUAACGUCGCAGUCAGCAUGAACCACGAUCCAGGCGGCCCAGUCCAAACCCUGUCACUUUCAGGCCUCUCUCCCGGUGCAUUGCCUAUCGACAGAGACAACUUGACCCAUCCAUCCCUCUCAAAGCGAUUGUUUUCGGAAAACCUCAGCAAAGGAGCGACAGAGAUAAACAAUGUCCAGAAGGCGAGAGAAGCUAACAGUGUCCAUGGAGCAAAGGAGGCGCGAAAGGCCAACACGCCCAACACGUCCAUUGAGGCAAUGGAAAUGAUUUACAAGAGCACACACUCUAUCACCGGGGAACAGUAUCUGGAACAGCUCGCCCGCCUCCUCACUCACCUCUUGCAUGUGCGCCUUGCAUUUGUCGGUUAUUGCAUCCCAAGCCAGCUGGUUCCCUCGUCCGCCAUCGACUUGAUGUCCGCCCUCACUCCCCCAGGAGACUUUCAGUCCGUUAUGACAGGCUUGUCAAAGCAGGAGCAGCGUGGAGAAGACAAGCGGUUUCGCCUCAUUACCCUUGUUAAUAACAAUGGUCAAGAGACUCUGGCUCCCAAAAAUGUCGUGUCGGCGGAAUUGGCCUCCCUCUUGCAAGCUCACGACACAUUUACCCUGGACUCAUCCCGCCAAUGGAUCAUCUCCGACCUCUUUGACUCCUUGGGUCCUGACCAUGACAAGGACAUGUACUUGAUUGUUGCAAGUCUGCGCAACGCAGAGGGUGCACCCAGUGGAUGCGUCGGUGUCAUGUUGCCGGCUGCUUUGGACCCGUCUCAGAAAGACCUUGUGCAGGCCGUAUUGGAAAGCGUUCGACCGCGUGCAGCGAGAGAGGUGGCUCAACUGGAAGAAUUGGAGCAAUUGAAAAAGGACAAGAUGGCAGCAGAAUUGGCCACAAAGAGCAAGUCCAACUUUUUGGCCAACAUGAGUCACGAAAUCCGCACCCCCGUCUCUGCCAUCAUUGGCCUUACAGACAUGAUCCUUUGGGACAGCCGCGCCCUCUCGGACGAGAACAAGUCCCGCCUCGAUCUCAUCAACUCGUCCGGUGAACACCUCUUGGCCGUCAUCAACGGCGUCCUCGACCUUAGCAAAAUUGGAGACCAAGACGUUAAAUUCUGUUUCCAAAAGAAUCCAUUAAAGCUUCGGAAAUGCAUUAAAGAAGCUGUUCACCUCGCGGCCCUCUCCCCGGCAGCAGCAAAGAAAAAGAUUCUCAUCCUCGACGGUCAAAAGACGGAUAACCCUGUCACUGUGGAUGCAGGCGCACUCUUACCGGAAGGAGCGAAAAUGGCGGAUCUCGUUCGAGUAGGAACACGGGAAAAUUCAUUGCCUUUUUACUUUAAAGUCGAUAGUAAUGUUCCCGAAUGGAUUUUGGGGGAUGUGACGAGGAUCCGACAGAUUGUACUCAAUCUGUUGACAAAUGCGCUCAAGUUUACCGAUCAAGGCAGUAUCACAUUUACCGUCACACGCCUUGAUGCCUCCGACACUGCAGAGCUCCCCGUCCCGCUCUUUGAAGGACAACACCAUCCCCUGAAAAACGGGACCGCAUCCGUUAGUGGCGGUGUGGAAAUCUCUCCCGUGCGCACGACCGACAACGCAGGCUCUACUGACACGAGUGUCACUCGUGCUGACGACGUUCCAACCGCGGGACUGGGCAAGGCUGUCAUUUUGUUUACGGUCGUUGACACGGGAUGCGGUAUUCCUCGCGAAAAAAUCAACAGGCUGUUUAUGCCCUACUCGCAAAUCGAUAACCCAAACAACCGAGACUCGGCGGUUGGUACUGGUCUAGGACUAGCCAUCUCAUCACGCCUCGUCCAAAUGAUGGGCGGUCAAAUAUGGGUAGAAUCCUCUGAAUCCGUCGGUUCCAAAUUCUCAUUCUGCGUUCCCUUCCCGAUUGUCGAACCUGCCGAAACCUCUGGCGGCUCAACAUCUUCUUCUUCCCUUUCUGAUACGGACCAAGACGCAACGACAACAUCUUCCUCGUCAGAAUCACCACGAACAAAAUCACCUGGACGACGCGCCGGUGCAUCUCGACGGGCUCCAAGUCGAGAAUCGCGGCAUGCCCAACGCAAUGCUAAUCGGAGUGCCCAGGGGGAUACCCAUAGCGAUGGCAACACUACGCAAAGAGGGACACAACAUCACCGCUCGUCUAACCGCCGAGCCGGUCGUACCCCACGCGGAACAAACACUACCCGCAAAUCGGCAAAAUACACGAGCAGCAUCGCCGAAAUGUACCCUCUCUCCAUCUUGGUUGCCGAGGACAAUCCAAUAAAUCAACAAAUCGCUCUGAGCCUACUCCAAAAAAUGGGAUACGACGCCGACCUAGCGAUUGACGGCGUUGACGUGUUGGAAAAAGUGGAUAACGGGAAACAAUAUGAUCUUAUCCUAAUGGAUCUCAGCAUGCCACGCAUGGGGGGCCUGGAAACCAUGAACCAACUCGUCAAACGCUCCCAUUCUGGAUAUUCACUCCCGAUCGUGAUUGCCUUGACUGCAUCCGGAACGGAAGAUGAUUACGAAGCGUGUCAACAAGCGGGGAUGCACGAUUGGUUAAAUAAACCAUUUAAAGCCCUAGACCUCGAAACCAAAAUCUCGACACAUUUUUCCCAUCUUUUGCAUUCUUCUGCCAAGGCUGCUGAACCUACCCAUCAACAACAUCAUUGUACCACCAAAAAUUUGAAAAAUUAAAAAGUGUUUUAUAUUCUAGUUUUUUUAAUAUACAUUUCUUUUUUUGGAGGAAUGAUUCGUAUGUCA